CUUAUUGUGUCAAAGCCAGACCUGGUCAUCUUUCUGGAACAAAAGAAGGACGUCUGGGAUGUGAGGAGAAAGGAGACAGAAGCCUCAUGUCCAGCUAUAUUUUCACUCGGCACCCAGACAUUUCUGCCAAAGUCAUGCCAAGAAGCUUCUUUCCAAAAAGUGUCUCUGGGAUUUCUCCAGAGACCUUCUGAGGAAGAAAUCUAGAGGAAGAGGUGAAACAAGAAAUGGCCAGUUCUCAGGGACUGCUGACCUUCAGGGAUGUGGCCAUAGAAUUCUCUCAGGAGGAGUGGGGAUGCCUGAGCCACAGCCAGCGGGAACUGUACAGGGAUGUGAUGUUAGAGAACUACGGACACCUGCUCUUCUUGGGUCUUGUUGUGUUAAAGCCAGACCUGGUGAUCUUUUUGGAACAACAGAGGGAGUUUUCGGAUAUGAAAAGAAAGGAGACCAUAGCCUCAUACCCAGCAUAUGUGCAAGGAGUUCCUGACUCCUUCGCCCAGCCAACAGAUGAUGCCUCCUACACAAAACAAAUUCACCGCAAUGUCCCCUCUGCACUCUACAACAACCGCCUUCUAUAGUAGUUACAUGUAGGGACAGAGAGUAACCAAUUUUGGUCCACAGAAUGGGACAUCCUGACAAUCCCUGUCACCUUGAAGAAGUUAUAGAACAGGAACCCUUCAGCUUUCAACAACCUUUAAGAUUUCAGGAUUAAAGACGAGUCAGGAGUGAAGUGAUGAGGGAGGGAAACAGAAAAGUGUUCACCUUUAGCCCAGAGGGUGGACCUGUAACCUGCAUAGAUUGGAGAAGAUCAACUAUGUGCUGGUUGCUACAUCCAGAAAGGGUCUCAUGACUGCCUGUACAUGUCCCCGAACAUCAAACUGAAUAUCGUAUCAACCUGAAUGAGAAGCACCAGGGAAAUACUGAAAUAGUAUUUGAGGAGGAGAAAUUUGAGGAAAUGGUUAUGAUCUGACACUCCCCUCAUGACCGUCCCCCUGCUUCCAUCCUGUGCUCUUGAAUAAACGUACUAUGA